GGGCAACGGGCAGCAAYAAACGGCGUUGCUCUCGAUUCACUGAAGCCGUCGACGGCUCUGACGGAUAAACAAUCAUUCGCUAUACAGUAAUGAACAGUUAAUUUACAGUGAAUUCUAAAUAGCGAUAGGGCAUCCCUUAAUAUAUAUAUAUAUAUAUAUAUAUGUAAGAUCAGUAAAGGCUCGCAAGGCAGAACAGAAUCGUGACCGGGAGGCGAGAUGGCUUCUUUGGCCGAAGAGUUGAGGAGGAUGAGAUGGUCUCUCCAAGGAAUGACAGCACUCGUCACCGGAGGAACCCGAGGAAUUGGGCGUUCAAUCGUGGAAGACCUUACUCGCUUUGGAGCAUCUGUACAUACUUGUUGUCGGAAUGAAACUGAUCUCAACCAGGCCUUAAUCGAGUGGAGUAAAUCGGGUCUCCAAGUCACUGGCUCAGUCUGCGAUGUAUCAGUUCAACUUCAGCGGGAAAAGCUCAUGGAGGAAGUUUCCUCACUGUUCAAAGGGAAGCUUAACAUCUUAGUAAACAAUGUAGGAGUAAACAUUGGCAAGCCAACCGUGGAGCAGACUGCAGAAGAUUUCUCCGUGGCGAUGACUACCAACUUCGAAUCUGCUUAUAAUUUCUGCCAACUGGCAUAUCCCCUUUUAAAAAAUUCAGGUCAGGGAAGCAUCAUCUUCAUCUCCUCUGUCACCGGUGAGACAGUUAUUAAAUCAAGCAGUCUUUAUUCAGCUACUAAAGCUGCAUUGAAUCAGACCACCAAGUAUUUGGCAUGUGAAUGGGCGAAAGACAAUAUAAGGGUAAAUUGCAUUGCACCUGGGAUUACCAGAACAUCCAUGCUGGGAAAAUGGGUAAAAGACGAUUUUCAGCCUAGUAGCUCUGCGGAUGAACGUAUGACAAUCUCCUUGGUGGAUAAAGUUCUUGAAAAUAACAAAACAUUCGCAGAUGUGCUCUCCAGAAUUCCUCUUCAGCGGAUUGCAGAGCCUGAUGACAUUUCACCACUAGUCACAUUCCUUUGCCUACCGGCUGCUUCAUACAUCACUGGACAAAUUAUUUGUGUUGAUGGAGGAUGGAUCAUCAACUGUUUCUACCCGUUGAAUGAUUAAAGACUAACCAGUGGUUAGGCUUCGCAAUGUUUCUUCUCUUCUUCUGUAUUAGCAAAUAAAAUCCAUAAAAUAAAACUUCCCUGAUCUUUCUGGGUUUGCAUUUGUAAUCUCAUUUUCUUGUCUAAAAGCUUCAACUUGAAAGUUUUAUAUCUACUCAUAGAAUAAAUUGAUGGGAACAUUGGAUUUGUUGUAAUUGGUCUUACAUUUGAAAAUUAAGAAUGUGAUUUGUGGUCUAA